AUGUACGGGUUCCUCCAAACGGCGAUAAGUGUGGUGUCCAUGAUACUCUCCUCGAUCGUCGUGUAUGUGGUCUUCUUUCAUUCGCCGAGGAGUAUGGGAACUUACACCAGAUUCAUCACCAAUUUUACGGUAAGUUUUUGUAACCAAUUUUGAAAUCCAUUAAAAAAAGUAAUUUAAAUUUUUAAAGCUGUGUGAUUUUAUGAUGUCAUUUUGUGUUGGAUUCGUUGUUCGGCCGUUCCCAAUAUUUCCAUUCGAUGGAGGGUUGGUUGAAGGAUUUGUCCGAGGAUUGGGAGAUACUGGCGGAGCUAUUUCAGUAAGUCAAUCGAUCGCUCAAAACUUUAGCCGGUACUUUGAAGAGACCGCUAAGAAAAGGAAAGGUUUUGUAGACUUUGAUUCGCUCCAGAUUUCCUCAAAAUCUGUAUAAACUUGACGACUUUUUAGCAGUUUUUUGACUGUUAACCAACCAUUUCUAGUUUGCAAUAAUCCUGAACGCUUUGGCAUAUUGUUUGUCCGCGCAAUGUGCUUGCAUCAUUUAUCGAUUUUCCGUGCUCUUGGAUAAUAAAGCGAUAUUACAAUUCGUAGUUAGCAAAAUUACAUGGACAUUUGCCUACACCGGCAACGUGAUUUUUACUAUUGGAACUACAUAUCUUUCCGUGAAGCUUCAGGUCAGACGUGAGGUAUGGUUUUGACGUUUUGUUGAGCAGUCUAGUUAUGCCUUGUUUCUGAUUAAAUAUUUCUAUGAGGCGUGGUAACAAAUAUCAAUUUCAAAAGCCCAUAUGUAAUAUUUUUCCGUUCCAGCUGGAGUUUUUCCUUGAGUUUUUUUUUCUUUGUAAAGCAUGUGCUUACAGGACUUGCAAUACUUCCUCAGAGACACAGCAUCUCAUCAUCCUGAAGUCCCCAUUCCCAAUCUGGACAAUGAAGUUUAUAUCUACAUGAAUUUUAGUGGAACCAUCGCAACAAUAACGGGGCUUUUGGUUGUCUUCGGCUUUAUGAUCGUGGAGAUCAUCUCGUUGGGCUGUGUGUUCACAAUCUUCCAUCAGAUGGAAGUGAAGAAACACACUUUCUCUCCGACCACGUACAAGAUGCAUAGACAGUUGACUGCCGCGUUGCUGGCUCAGGUAUGUAUAAACAAAUAUUUCUGCAGUCUUUGGUUAUACGAACGUUUUUAUUGCUCCUUCGACUUUCAGGUGAUAGCCCCGAUAAUCUUCAUCAUGCUGCCGGUGAUGUACAUCAUGUUCGGUCGGUAUUACCGCUCGGGACUGAGCGAGUUAACAGGGCAGGUCCUAGUCUUGUGCAUGGAUAUGUACGGAGGAAUCAGCUCAAUGAUUACCCUCUACUUCAUCGCACCGUACCGACGGGUUGUAUUCAAAGCGAUGUGGGGAUGGAGAAGUAGUUCGAAAAGGGUGGAGGAGUGGAAGACGGAGCCCUGGGCGAUAAGAACAAAGUCUAUAUCGACUAGAGGAAGGGCUGAUGGACUUGAGAAAAGUUUAAGAAGAGGAUCAAGAAUGGUGCCAUAA